CGGAAAUCGAAGUCAAUGUCAACAUUGAGUAAAAAUAUUUGGUUUCUGUUUUUGACGUUGGAAAGGAGGAAAUAUGUCAGAAGUUCCAUCUCUUCACUCAGCAGCAAUAUUUGCAUGUACACAGUCAUUGUUAAAGCUUUUUGAUGACCAUCAAGAUGAAUUUCGACAUCGAUUAAUUUCAAUCUUUGCCAGUGAUGACUAUGGAGUAAUUGGUCACAAUGUUCUACAAAGGAUAGUCGAAUAUUAUCCAGAGAAACUUACAGAUUCUAUUCUUUUGGCCUUAGUUCAAGAAAGCAUGAAGAUCUUAAAUUUAAAGAAAUGCAUAAAUGUAACAGGAUGUAAUAUUUUAAAGGCAUUACAGAAGAGUAAACAACUUACAAGUCUAGAUCUGUCAGAAUGUGAACAAUUAAUGUUGCCAGCUUUGUUUGGAGCUUUUGGAAAUAUAUUGCCAUGCCUGACAAUGAUAAACAUUUCUGAGUGUAGAACCGUUAACAGUGCUUUGGUUCAGUCACUUCUAAGAAACACACCUUGUUUACAAGAUCUCAAUCUUUCUAAAUGUAAUGAAUUAACAGAUGAAGCAUUUUUAUUGGAUUUAGAGAUUCAAGACAAAAAUCUACUUGGAUUAGAGACAGCUGUACCAGGCUCAUAUCACAGACCAACGAACUUUUCUCUGAAGAGUAUAAAUAUCUCAUCCUGUGACAAGAUCACAAGUUUAGCUGUUGCAUAUAUCUGUGCUUUUGCUGGCCUAACUCUUCAAAAUAUAAAUAUGGCAUAUUCAAAUAUAUCAUCCCUGUGUUUGUUAUAUUUAAGUGGUUAUUCACUGGUAACAGUAUAUGUGUAUAUGAUGUCCUGUACGAUAGGAUCAGAUUUUGAAGACAGUGAUAUCACACGUGAUCAGAUUUGGUCACUUCAAUCAAAAUAUCACAUAGAUUCAGUGAAUGAAAAAAAGGAAUGGGAUAAAGAAAAUUUAUGUGAAUGUUUGAAUUAUGUGAAACAAAAAGUAAAAAACAAAUAUAAUGCGUUUGUAUCAGAAGAUCAAAUCGAUAUUGAAAUAACAGAAGAAAUCGACAAACAGUGUUCUUCAUGUAGUGAUUUAAUCUCACAUCAGAAAGUGGAACCCUGUGAAAGCUUAUCUGUGUCAAGUAAAUCUAGUAACAGAAAAAUUCCAUUAACUUCUGAUGAACAAUUUACUGCCGAAAUGCUUUGCAAUGUCCACUCCAUGGAAGAUCUUGAUAAUGAUAGUAUUGAGAAUGACGAUCAAAAUAAACAUAUUGUAAUGAAUCAGAACUCUUCGAAUAAUUUAAAAAAAACAGUUCCCGAAACAGAUCAUAAAAUAAAUCUACCUCUAAACAAAAGAACUUAUAUACCCUCACUACAAUUUGUUAACAUUUUAUGUAUAGCAUCAGAAGAGUCAUUAGACACAAUAACAUUCCCAAUCUUUUUUGCUUGUAAUAAGAAAUUAAUCCAUUUGUCAAUUAACUGGCCAUUUUUCUCGGGGGAAUUUGUAGAUCAGCUUGUUGAUUCACAGACAUGUUUACAGGAACUCUUACUUCCUGAGUGUAAUUCAAUGAGUGACGAAGACAUCACGAAACUUUGUAAAUUAUCUCAUAAGUUGAAGAAAAUUGAUUUGAAAGGUAUAUUUAUGUUAAAUGAGAUAGCUGUAAAUAGAAUUAUCACAGAUGAAAUACAAAGUUUAAGUUUGUCAGAGUGUUCAAUAACAGACUUAACUCUAACAUUAAUUUCUAGGAGAGCUGCUUCUACAGUAAAAGAAAUUGACUUGGCAUGGUGCGAAGAGGUAACAGAUGAAGGAAUCAAUGCUUUAAUGUCAUCCUGUUCAGCUUUGCAAAAUCUGAAUUUACAUCAUUGUUCCAUUACUGAAAAACCUCUCUUUAGCAUGGCUGAAAAAUGUCGAAACAUCUGUAACUUAAGUCUGUCUUCUAUUAAAGGAAUAUCUGAUCAAGCUGUUAUCGAAAUAGCUAAGAAUCUAUGUCUGCUGGAAGAAAUUGAUAUAAGUUGGAACACUGAUAUAACAAAUGUUGGUAUAGAGGCAUUGUUUAAGUAUAGUAAGAAAUUAAAGAUUGGAAUAUUCUCAGGCAACAAAAGAAUAACAUCUCAACCCAUGUAUUGUUUAGUCACAGAUCUUGAAGCAUGGAGAAAAAGUCAGCUUACAAAAACAAAUAAAAGAAACAAAAAAGUGGAUGAAAGGGAACAAAAUGGAGAAAAUGUUGAUGAUAUUUCCAGUGAUGAAGAGGAUGAGAUUUAUUUACCUAGAAGAUCGACUGUCUAUGGACCCAACCUAAAGAGAAUUGAAGUGCAUUAUGUAGAUUUUAUGGAUGAUGCCUUAUUAUCACAUAUUGUAGCAUUCUGUUUCGGAUCUCUUGAAAUUAUGGAUUAUUACAGUGAAGCUGUUCAACCAACAAAACUAACAGUUAAAAGAGGCCAACUAUAUAACAUGAUGGGACUCAGAUAUUUAUAAUGCAGUGUGAACCCACCAAGAUUUGAUUAGUUAAACUUACUUGUGUAUUGUUCCUUAUGUCCAUCUGCUUUGUGAAUUAUUGUAUACAUAAUAGUACAACAAGAAGAGCAUUAGUAGUGUCAAGUGUAUCAGGUGUUUUAGAAACAGAUGUUGAUUUUGUUUCUUGUAUUCCAGUAAUAUCUAAAAUCAUGUUUAAAGGGGCAUUAGGUAAGAUUACAUAAACAACUAACAGUUCUCGCUAUAAUAUUUAAAAAAUAGAUAAUGAAAACAGAAUAAGCUGAAAAUUUCAGUAAAAUUGCUUCACUCUGAACCGAGAUAUUAGCGAUUCCAUUUUAGGUUACUACCAUCACAAAACGUAUUCAAAUCUACUAAAUAUCACAGGCUAACAAUGGCAUCGAGAGUUUAUUAUGGUUGAUAAGUUAAUUAUUGUCUAAUUAAUAAUUUAGAAACAUUUUAGGCCUAAAGGAAGACCUACAAUGGGCACAUUUAGCCUUAUGCAUAAUGCAUGGUUAAGGAACAUUGGCUUGUGACACACAAUCAAAUGUGUCGAUAAUCAAAGAGUUUCAAAUGAUUUCACAGAAUUUUCUCUAUCACAGAUUUUGAUUUGUAGGUUUAUCUGGAUUCACUGGAAAAUGAAAUGGAGCUAAAUACUAAUAUAAUAUUAAUUAGACUGUACGUAUACAGGACACAUGCCACUCAUCAGUGAAAUGGUGCAACAAAUUCGUCUUGAUUGUUCACUGAACAUUACCAGUUAAAAACGGUUCUUAUCAUUAAACUCCCGUCCCUCCCCAAAUACUACUCUUCAUGUAUAAUUAAUUGCAUGGGGAGUAUUGACUGAAAUCUGUGAUACAAUUAUAGAUAUAUUAUAUAUAUAUUAUUGUUUUUUAAAGAUAUUAUUUUGUUAUGUUAAAUAUUGCUGUGUAAUUUAUAUUAAAUCAAAGUCUUAAUAAAUAUGUGACU